CGUCAGCUGUCAAUAUGAAGUGUCAAAAUCGAAAAAUGCAGAUGACAAGGACGUGGUGUCUCUUAGUGGGGUUUUUGUCGGUGGCAAGUUUCGUGACUGCCUUGGAAAAUGGAUUGGCACUAACACCUCCCAUGGGGUGGCUCGCAUGGGAAAGGUUCCGGUGCAACACUGAUUGCAAAAAUGAUCCUGAGAACUGUAUCAGCGAUCGGCUCUUCAGAACAAUGACUGAUAUUGUCGUAGCAGAGGGUUAUGCAGAAGUAGGAUAUGAAUAUAUAAAUGUAGACGAUUGUUGGCUAGAAAAGGAGAGAGAUUCCAAUGGUCAACUAGUGGCAGAUAGGCAACGAUUUCCCUAUGGCAUGAAGAGCCUUGCAAAUUACGUACAUUCCAAGGGGCUUAAAUUUGGAAUUUAUGAAGAUUAUGGAAACUAUACUUGCGCUGGAUACCCGGGAGUACUCGGUUCUUUAGAUACUGAUGCUGCACUUUUCGCAUCCUGGGAUGUUGAUUAUGUUAAGCUAGACGGAUGCUAUGCUCAUCCUAGUGAUAUGGACAGAGGCUACCCUGAAUUCGGUUUCCAUCUAAACCGAACUGGCAGACCCAUGAUUUAUUCCUGCAGUUGGCCCGUCUAUCAAAUCUACGCCGGAAUGAAACCAGACUUCAAGUCUAUAAUUCGUCACUGCAAUUUGUGGAGGAACUUUGACGACAUUCAGGACUCAUGGAGCAGUCUUGAAACUAUUAUUGAUUAUUAUGGUAAUAAUCAAGAUGCAAUUGUGCCAAAUGCAGGACCUGGACAUUGGAACGAUCCUGAUAUGUUGAUUAUUGGCAAUUUUGGAUUGAGUUACGAGCAGAGCAAAACACAAAUGGCUCUUUGGGCUGUUCUUGCUGCUCCUCUUUUGAUGUCUGUUGAUCUCCGCACCAUCAGGCCAGAGUACAAAGCUAUUUUACAGAAUAAGAAAAUUAUUGCUGUCGAUCAGGAUCCUCUUGGAAUUCAGGGAAGGCGAAUCUACAAGCACAAAGGCAUUGAGAUUUGGGCAAGGCCCAUUACUCCAGUUUACCAAACCUAUUACUCUUACGCCAUAGCAUUUUUGAACAGAAGAACAGAUGGAACUCCUUCUGACGUUUCUGUUACCUUGAAAGAACUCGGGUUACAAUAUCCCGGUGGUUACCGUGUCGAGGAUUUGUACGAAGAUGUCGACUAUGGCAUUCUGACACCUCUGACGAAGAUUAAAGUUAAGGUGAAUCCUUCCGGAGUCGUGAUUCUAAGAUGUGAUUUACAAGUGGACGAAUUAUACGCUCCUGAUCAAUAUACUCCCUACGUGCCUCUCAAUCAAGUCUUCAAAGAAAGAAACUCUUUUAAAUAGCUUGCCAGUGAUCAGAUCAGUAUAACUUUUAAUUUUAGAAUUUAUGUGUUUUUUCUACCAUUCGUUUUUUUAAAUGUUACCAUCAAUUUGUAUAAGUGUGUUUCAUGAAUUUAUUAAGAACUUUUUUAAGAUUCCUCUAGAAAUGUAUCGAGAAAGUUGAGUACAGAACUUUGUAGAUGUAUUUUUGCGUAUAUAUGUACAUAUGUGAUACGCAUUAUUGCGAGACUAUGAAAUUAAAAUGAAAAUUCAGAAACUCA